AUGUCAAAAUUGGUCGUAUUUCCCCUUAUCUUCUUCCACUUCAUUCCACUUUUCGUCUUGUCGGCGACUGUUCAGCGCAACGAUUUUUACAUGAAUCUCCGAUGUGGACCACUUUACUUGUACGGAACUGUGGAAAUUGAUACUGACGCUUUGAGUAAGGCGUUUUUCAUUUGAUUGUGAAUUAAAAAUUUCGAAUUUCCCGCCAAAACAGCUUCUUUUGGCAUUCUGCAACAAGCCGAAUAAAUGUUUGCUGGAGUAAGAAUUUUACUAAAUCUCGAUUUUUCGGUACCAUAAAACCAAAAAUUUUGAAAUUUCAAAUUUCCCGCCAAAAACAAAUCGUUUUGGCAUUCUGUUGCAACUGGUUAAAUACGCUACAUUUUCAUAUAUGAUGUAAAUUUAGGGCCUUAACAGGCUUUUUUGACAUUUCAGAGACUUGUUGCAGAAUGCCAAAGUUUUAAAAUUUUUGGCGGGAAAUUUGAAAUUCAAACUUUUUACGCUAAAUUAUCUAUAAUACGACCGAUUAAUAAUUUCCAGCCCCAAAUGUCAUCCAUUUUGACGAAUAUGACGAGGGGAUUAUUCGAUUUUGGUUCUUCAAAGACGGCAUUUAUGGGCUUGACGUCACUGUUACGACCAAUUGUGGGGCAAUCAACAAGGUGGAUGAGGUAAGGAAUAAUUCAAAAAAAAUUAGGAGUCUGGGCUAUUUUUUACAGAAAAAAUCAUUGUAUUAUAUAUUUCAGCCAAAUUUUAUCGAAAUUAGAGCCAAAAAAUAUUAGCCAAAAAAAAGUCAAUGCGACCUGCGCCCUGGACCAAAUUUUUUUUUUCAGAAAUGCAUGAACGUCUUCAAAUUGCAUCUCACCCCGCUCGGCCAACUCCCCGACAACACACAGCUCUUCGGGAAGGACAUCAACACCGGAAUUCAGCUGCAGGAAAUGAUCGAAAGGAAUGAAUUUACGACCGAAUGCAGUUGA